AUGGAGCGACGAGCGAGUGGCUCGCGAGCGCCAUUGACUCCAGUACAGCCUGUUAGCGAAGAUGUGCCGCAAAGCCGGGGGAGAACUCCCGAAGAAACCCGACAGACAACACCAGAGCGUGCCCUGAAGCGUGCGCUUUCACCGACUUUCUCCGAGAAGACUACGAAAAGCAAGACAAAUUCAAUCCAUAGUUCGAAAAACAAGCGAGUCUCCUUCGGAGGUCAGGAAGUGAAGUUCUACGAACGUCAUGAGUUUGAGUGGUCUUCGCCGCCGGCACCGUCCCCGUCGAGGCGUCAGUCUCUGGAGCCGCAGGGAGACCACGCAUAUCCCGGUGUUGCGUCGUCGAGCUUUGCAGGGCGCGUUUCGAACACGCCCAGCGCUUAUGAGCACGAACCGAAUGUGCGUGCCGCAGCAGCAAAGACGCAUACUGGAAACAACACACUAGACGCGCCUAGUCCGCAUCGUGACCUGCCGCACUUGCUCGCGACUGCAUGCCCGACUGUGGGGUCGAUGGAGAGCGACGACGACAACACGAUACAGAGCGGCUCCAGUCUGAGCGAAGCGACGCUAGCGCAAGUGGCCUACGGAAUCAGAUCCUAUGCCUCCGGCGCCGCAGAUGAUGCAACGUCUUCAACGAAUGAGGACGACUCGCUUCAGUACCGAGAACGUUUCAGCGGAAGCAGUGAGGGCCUCAGCCUGUUCAUGGAUGAAGACAUCACGAAAGCAGUCGGACAUCCGCGCAUGUCGAUGCCUCUGACUGGGACGACGUCCCUAACGAGGAGCGUCACGCGAACGCUGCUAACCGGGGGCGAGCGCUUCGGCCGGCGGGCUUCGCUCAGCCGGCCACCUCUGCCGCGCCCUCGGCGAUCUUCAAGGCUAUCGACCGGCUCGUGGCGUGCAACGAGCAACGUUGACUAUCAGGGAACAACGAGGGGGAAUCGGCGGGACUCGAUCGAUGAUAAUAUUACUGGCAAGGUGCCUUCGCUGGCUGCUCUCAUCGACGCUGACUCGGAAGAAACUGCUGUAGGAGAUCGCUCGCGCGAGCGCUUCGCCCAUGAAACCGAUGCGGGGGACAACAUACGCCCGUCGUCCACACCUGGCAAGCUUCGCUACGAGGACGAGCCCCCGAAGUUCCCAAGCAUCCAGGAGGGAAGCUCGUCCCAAGAGCCUUCGCUUUCUCAUCACAGCGACUCGGGCAGGAAUUGUGCGAACAGCGAGGAUACGCCACGGUGGCGAUCAUUAUGGUCGACCGAUAUUCGUGAUGCUCAACUGGGGAUCGUCGCGAACACAUCGCCCACGGUAGCGACUUGCGUUCCCCCAAGGAAAGAGUCCAAUUCACCGAUAGCCGGUUCAAUAUCUGAGGUGCAGCGAGACGAGGAAUCUGGUGGUCUCACGACGGUUCCGGAAACCAGUGCCCUCCUUGAAGACAUAACAGGACAGGUGCCGAGGCUAACUGCCCUGAUAGACGAAGACAACGAGAUAUCUGAUUUGCAUCUUCAGCAAAUGCCACAGGGAAACGGGAACAGUCAAAUCAGUGUACAUGGGGGCGUUUGCCGCGUAGCGUCCGAACAGGCGAACAGUGCGUCUAGGUCCUUCGCGGCCGACACAAAGAGUCCGGCCCUGUCGCCGGACCUGACGGCUCGAGACUUGAUUCCGCAGCAGAGCGAGAGCCCCCAGCGGCGGGUCACUUUGGGAUCCGUCGGUGCCCCGAUUCAACAAAGUACUCGUAGUAUGCACGGAUUCGAUACGAGUACAAGUGUUGCACGGCGUCGAUCGUUGGCAGCUAGCGUUCGACGACUGAGCAUGAAAGCGUCGCUUGUGCAGACGCUUUCUGCAUCCAAAGAGAUACACUUGCGAGAAGUCCAUUCGGGAAUGAAAGCGAAUUCGCAUUCGAAGUUGGGUGCCUCGCCAGAGGCCGAACCACUCGGCCGAGUCCUGCAAGAACGAUACAGUAACCAGAUAGUGCGUCUGGAGCGGGAUCCUAAUGAAACAGCGAAAACUGUCGUAGCGACUCAGAGCAGUACGAUUGGCAAAGGUGCACCGCGAGAUGACACGGGGCUCGAAAGCUCUUCGCUUCCCGCGUCAGAGGCGUCCGUCGCUUCCGCGCCGGGAAACGCUGUAUUCAAGGAUUUCCUCUAUGCGGCUGGGGUCAGAUUCCUCGACGAUCUCUCUACGAGGAGGCGCAUCACCUCUUUUGGGGUUCCCAGCAACCGAAUAUGUGUACAGCCGGAUUCGCUCGAACAGCACAUCAGAGUCGCCUGCAUAACAGUCGCUCUGCUUGGCGCAUUUCAAUAUUCAUGUGAAGUGCUCGCAUCAGAGAAUGGAAAGCUCGCCACUGAAAUCGCGAAAGCUGAGGAGGAAUUCCGUACCCGUUGGCUCUUUACGCGGCUCAUUGAGCUCCACUUUUCUGGCUCAGAACCGAAUCUACUGACUCGAUACCAGCUGCAACUCAAACGAUUGAAAAACGUUGGCCGUCUUCGAGCUCGUUGCGAGUGGUAUCUCUGGCGAGCGCGGCACGAGCAACGGAUUCAGGUACAGCUCAGAGCCCAACAGGAAAACCUGCAGAACGAUCUCGCCCAACUCUGCGGACUAGCAGAGAACCUGCGCGCCACGAUCUCUGCUGCCACUGAGGAUGCGAUCACCAGUGGACUGGGGCAGCUCUCCACGGACCCAAAACUCGUACACGAGCGAAACCUCCACAACCAGAAUACUUUACGACACGUCGAAGAGCGCGAUGCUCAAAUUCAGGAAACACGCUCGCGCCUCGAGCAGCUCCAUCACGAACUCAACCGGCUUUCUGAACACAAGGCCCAGCUCGCAACCGAAUGCCUCGCUUUGCGAACUCGGCACCAGGAGCUCCAGGCAAAGGCUCGUCUCGGCGAUGCAGCGAGCUGCUCGUUAAUGCUCGCUGAACAACAGGACUCAUUUGAUAUCCUGGUGUCGUUGACGGCCUGCCGACCGAUUUCUAUUUCGAACGACACGCUGUGUGUCCGUGUCGGGUCUACCGUAGACAUUCGAUGUUCUUUUGUCCAAGAGAAAAUGCCUUCCGACGCAUGCGGUUCACUCGUCCUCAACAAUGUUCAGGCGUGUGGCGUGACGCCUCCAAACGAGGCAACGGAAGCGCCGAUUCUCAUCGAGCGUGUAGCGCAAGCCGUUGUCGCAUCGUUUACAGCACAGCAGCGAGAGCACUUCAGCGUGAUGCGAGCCAUCUCCGGGAGGCCCCUUUGGCAACUGCGCUGGGUCCUAUUCGCCGUCGCUAGAGCAGUAACUGAACUCCAGGCUCUCCUCCGCAAUAUUAGCAUAUGGAAGCGGACCAAGCCAUAUGAAGUUGAAUAUCGGGAGUCCCAUGAUCACGCUGGCCUUGUGCAUGCACUCUUUUCUGAUAUAACGAAACAUAUUCGUGUUGAGGUCAUCCUCAAGCUAGAGCCGGCAUCUCAGGCACUGUGCGGAAUCCAGCUUCGCCUGCACGACAUUGUUUGGCACCUUCCGAACCGCUGCGAGCGACUCUCAGCGUCGUUCGUGGCCAUCAUAUCGAACAACUUGGAACAAUGGGCACGACGAGAACAAGACGUUGAAGUUGCACCGCCAGCACAACACGUGCGACUCGCAGCGCUUAUCGAGACCACCCUCGACGCAGUAGCGCAGACCCUGCAAGAAGCUCGACACGCUCCGUAA